UGCAGCCUCGAAUGGAAAGAUGGAGGAAUUGUCCCGUCCCAUGUAACAAUUACUCACUCUAAGCAAGUACAAGUAGAGCCUUGAAAUGGAUCCGACUCACUUCCUCUGUAACUGAUAUGUGACGCAACCUUAUCACUACUGUUGCUGCGCAAGGAAAGGGAAAAAAAAGCCAACUCUGUGGAAUGCAAUGUCAAUCAGGAGCAGCGCUUUGUUUUUGUUUCAAAUAAAUUGCUCCGAUUCAAAUUCAAAGCAAGGCCGUGGUUUUGGAGAAAACAGGAUUAAGACCAACAAAUCUGACAAGGGAUCAACAACUAAACACUCUCGCCCUCUAUCUUCUCAGGCACCCCGUUUAAGUUCACAAGUUGACGGCAAAUCUAGGAACCAGUUUUUGGAUGUUGACUUUGAGGAACGCCUAAAAGCAGUCAAAAGGUCAGCACUCGAGCAGAAGAAGGCAGAGGAGGAAAAAGAAUUUGGAGCAAUUGACUAUGAUGCACCCAUUUCAUCCGACAAUAAGACAAUUGGCUUUGGUACUAAGAUUGGAAUAGGGGCAGCUGUAGUAGUCUUCGGUCUGGUUUUUGCUUUUGGAGAUUUUCUUCCAUCAGGAAGUGUUAGUCCCACUGAAGAGAGUGCUGUGGUCAAUAAUAAGUUGUCCGAGGAGGAUAAAGCUACUCUUCAGAGUAGGCUCAAGGAAUUUGAAGCAACAUUAAGCAAUUCCCCAAGAGAUCCAACUGCUCUUGAAGGAGCUGCAGUAACUUUGGCUGAACUAGGGGAAUAUGCAAGAGCUGCUUCUCUACUUGAUGAUUUGACUAAGGAAAAAUCAAAUGAUGCUGAUGUUUUUCGUCUGCUUGGAGAAGUUAAGUACGAACUCAAAGAUUAUGAAGGGAGUGUUGCGGCAUAUAGAAGCUCAGUGAGGGUAUCCAAAGAUAUCCAAUUUGAAGUUCUCCGUGGCCUUUCCAAUGCAUUACUUGCUGCCAAAAAGCCAGAGGAGGCUGUUCAAUUACUUUUGGCCUAUCGCGAGAAUUCAAGUUCUGAAAACUUGAGCAAAAAUUCUGAUAGCAAACCUUCAGAUUCACAGAAUCUGGAUCCGGUCCAAGUUGAAUUACUUCUAGGGAAAGCCUACUCAGAUUGGGGCCAUGUCAGUGAUGCUGUAGCUGUUUAUGAUCAGCUCAUAUCUACUCACCCUAAUGAUUUUCGUGGAUACUUGGCUAAGGGAAUCAUCCUGAAAGAAAACAAAAAUAUUGGUGAUGCAGAAAGGAUGUUCAUACAAGCUAGGUUCUUUGCGCCAGAUAAAGCAAAAGCACUUGUGGACCGUUAUUCAAGAUGACAAUUUGUAUCCAAAUUAAUCGUGAAGUGGAUUUUUUGGCAUUGCCUCGGUGUCAUCUGCUAUCUCGAGACAAGCAAGUGAUUUGGACAACAUCCCAUCAUCAACUUCAGAACACUUGCAUGAGUCCUCCUCUGGCCACCACAUUGGAAUGACAACAUUCCUAUAAACAAUUUGAAAGUUAAGAAUGAGACUAUAUCUGACAUAGGUAGAAUCUAUAUUUGUAUGGUAGACAACAAGGAGACUAUAUAUGACAGAACUGAACCAAUUAUUUUUUCCUAACUCUACGCAAUUUACUAGAACAAGUUUACACCAAAA